CCCGUGCAGGCGCCCAAGCUGCGCUGCCUGAGGUGCAUCCACCCGGUAGUGGGCGUAGAGAUCCCGACUCCUCAGCUAGCACGAGAGAGCGGCCCGGACGGCUGUUUUUUCCGUUGCCAUCGGUGAGCAUGCGCAGUGGUGCUUAGCGGCUUGGCCUGGCGCCCCUGGCGGUUAACUUGGGGUAGGAGACUGGAAGCUGCGGUUUUUUAUUGGAGCUUGUGGCCAGACCUGAUUUCUUGCCUGGAUUGGGCUGGGAGGCGGACAAAGGCGGGUUGGGAGGGGGAGCAGAGUAGCUGAGGUGUCCAGAGUCCACAGCCAGCGUCAUGAAGAACUUCUUUGCCUUCGGGAGGAAGGAGGGCAAGGGCGAGUCGUCCUCCUUUGACAGCAUGUGGAAGACCCUGGUGGGUGCCACGGAUGAGGUUCCUCAGAAGGCCUACUCGAAGACCUGGUACAAGACCCACCCGGCAGACCUCAAGCCGAUCCACAGAGCUGCCUGCCAGGGUGAUGUGGAGAAAGUGAAGCGUUUGCUUUCGGAGGAACCCUGGAUCCUGAAUGAUAAAGAUUUUGUGCGCAGGACUGCUCUACAUUUGGCCUGUGCCAAUGGCCAUGCAGAAGUGGUAAGACUCCUGGUAGACAACAAGUGCCAACUUAACAGGCAUGACAACAAAAAGAGGACAGCUCUGAUAAAGGCCGUCCAAUGCCAGGAGGAGGAAUGUGUGACUGUUCUGCUGGAAGAUGGUGCCGAUCCAAACGUUCACGAUCUCUAUGGCAACACUGCUCUUCACUAUGCUGCCUAUCACCAGAACAUAGCAAUAGCAGAAAAACUGCUUUCACACGGUGCAUUUAUUGACCCAAAAAACAAGAGUCACCUCACACCACUUUUACUUGCUGUAAGUGAAAAAAGAGAGGAAAUGGUGGAGUUUUUAGUAAAGGCUGGAGCAAACAUAAAUGCAGUUGAUAAGUUGAAAAGAAAUGCUCUCAUGCUUGCGGCAGACUCUGAGUCAUCACGUAUAGUCAGUCUUCUUCAGCAAAGUGGUGAUGUCUCUUCUGAAGUUCUCUUAGAACAGGCUGCAGAAGAUCAUGACAUUGCUAGUGGUUUUAAUAGCAUUCCGCCAAAAAUAUCAGAACAUAAAGAAGAAAAGAUUCUGGAAAAUCCUUCUCAAAUUAGCAAUCCAGUGGAUGAGAUUACUGAAGACCCCGUGUUCAGGAUUUCCAUCAAACCGGGUAUUGAUGAUUUUUGGCCUGAGUCAUUUGUUGGACAUUUCGAUGUUGAUACCAAGAAUGUUCCACAAACAGGGGUAACAAAGCCAAUGACUGCUUCUCAGCAACCCAUGAAAAUCAUAGAAACCAAAUGUACUGUGAGAACAGAAAUUGGAACCAUGUUUGAGGACAGUAUUUCUAAUCAUCCACAUGUGGUUCAAAGCCUUCCAACAACAUCAGUCAAAAUGCAGGGCUUUCAUAAUCCUUCCAUUCAAUCACCUGGCCCUCGUCUGAAAGCUUCCUUCAAGUCUUCAACUAAGCCAGGUCUUACAGAGGAGCUCAUCACUUGUCCCCAAGUCCCCAUCAGAAUAAUGAGGACAAGAGGUAUGAGGAGCAGGAAAGAGAGAUUUAGCAAUUUGCCAGUAAACAAGGAUGGAGACUCCUGUCUAAAAUGCCGUCAUCCCAAUCAUAAGGGGAAAUACAGAGUUUUUCAAUGGAGGGUUUUUAGCUUCAGGCAAUUGCUGUUCAACUACAGUUGAUGAUUCUGAUUCUUCCCAUCUCUAGGGAAGAUAAUCUCUAUGAGUUCCCCCUAGACCUCUGCCUGUCUGGACCCCGCCUCAGUUGGGCAGUUCUGCUGAGCCAUCUCCUGUAGUACAAAGAACAAAAGACACUCCCUGCCUCUCCCAACCACUGGCCAGAGGCAGGGAUGU